AUGGAUCCGGCAACAACACCAUCAACAUCCGAAAUCGAUUCAGGCAAUACUGCUUGGGUUUUGAUUUGCUCUGCUCUUGUCUUUCUCAUGACCCCUGCUCUUGGUUUAUUCUAUGCUGGCCUUGCACAAGCCAAAAAUGCGCUGUCUCUCAUGUAUUUGACAAUGCUGUGCGUUGCCGUCGUCUCAUUUCAGUGGUAUGUUUUUGGUUACUCUCUCGCCUUUUCUCCCAAUGCUGGUCCCUUUAUUGGUGAUUCAACCAACUUUUUGCUUCGUGGUGUUGGUAUUUCCCCUGCAUUUGAAGGCCAAAGCAUCCCAGCCAUGGUUUACAUGAUCUUCCAAGCCAUGUUUGCUUGCUUGACACCUGCUCUUGCUUUUGGUGCUGCUGCAGAGCGUAUGUCGCUUGGUCCAUCUAUCAUCUUCAUUUUUGUGUGGACCACCGUAGUAUAUGAUAUUAUCACUUGCUGGGUAUGGAAUCCCAAUGGUUGGCUAUACAAGAUGGGUGCCAUGGACUUUGCUGGUGGUGCUACAGUACACGCAUCAAGUGGUCUUGCUGCUGUUGCCUAUGCCUUGGUACUUGGCAAACGUCGUGACUACCAUGAAAACAACAACAACCCUCAUAACGUCUCCUUUGUAUACAUCGGCCUUGCUUUUCUUUGGUUUGGCUGGUUUGCUUUCAACGCUGGUAGUGGUCUUGCAGCUGAUGCACGUGCCGCCAACUCAUUCGUUGCAACACAUCUUGCUGCUUGUGUUGCAGCUGUUGUUUGGGUGCUUAUCGAUUGGCUCUAUACUCGAAAAUGGAGCGUCGUUGGCUUGUGUACGGGUGUUGUUGCUGGUCUUGCCACCAUUACCCCAGGAUCAGGAUUUGUGUCCCCUAGCAGUGCGUUACUUUUUGGUCUCCUUGGCAGCAUUGCAUGCAACUAUGCCAUUCGAUACAAGCACAAGUACGGCUUUGACGAUGCCCUUGAUGUAUUUACCGUGCACUAUGUUGGCGGCAUUGUGGGAUUACUUUUGACAGGCGUCUUUGCUGAGAGGUACAUUAUCAGCUUGGGAAGCCCUCCUGGCACACCUCUUGAAGACGUUCAAAUUGGUGGUUGGCUCGAUGGUCAUUGGAUGCAAGUACCCAUACAACUUGCCAUGAUUGCUGCUGUCUCAGGAUGGUCAUUUGUUGUUACAUACAUUAUCCUGCUUGUCAUCAACAAGAUCCCUUACAUGCAAGUCCGAUUGCAUCAUGAAGAUGAGCGUAUUGGUACUGAUUAUGCCCAAAUGGGUGAACGUGCAUACAAUUACAUCCAAUGGGAAGAAGAAAUGAGACGUGUCAACAGCCAAAUGACAAGCGAUCAACAAUCCCAACAUACUAUCAAGAAGGGCGGUGUUUUACACAGCAUUCGUCGUUUACUUAUGGCGGACAAUCACACUGUUGUCAAAGGCGUCCCUGCAUUGAUCGAAGAGCCUGUGCUUGAUUAUGGCCAACCUAAGGAAAUGGGUUCUCUCAAGGCCAAGAUACCUACCGGCAACGACGUGAUUACAACAUCAUCCAUUGCAAGUAUCCACCAAUUGGAAGAGCAACAACCACCUCAUCCUCCACCACCAGCUGCUGUGGUUGAAAACGGUGAACAUCACCAUAGCAGCAGGGGUAGUACUAUUGUGCACCAGAGUGGUAGCAGCAGCAGCAGUAGUGAUAGCAACACGCCAUCUGCCGAUGACAACAAGGAAAAAAGCAAUGCGUAA